AUGUCGUCUCCUCCAGACAUCGUGCUCCCCGCGUCCUUUCUGGACACCGAUUUGUACAAGUUCACCAUGCAGCAGGCGGUCCUGCACCACUUCCGCGACGUGCAGGCCACCUACCGCUUCACGCACCGCGACACGGACGUCCUCUUUACCAGGGACUGUUUCGAGCAGUUCAAGCGAUCCGUCUCCCACUUCGACCAGCUGCGGCUCGCCGACGCAGAGCGCGACUGGCUCGGCAAGGCGUGUCCCUACUUCACGCCGGAGUACCUCCAGUACCUGUCCGCCUACCGCUUCAAGGUCGACCAGGUCCGCGUGCAGUUCCUCCCGGUCUCCGCGGACGGCCAGCGCGGGCAUCUGGACAUCCACGCCGUCGGCCCGUGGGUGGAGACCAUCUUAUGGGAGGUCCCGCUCAUGGCCUGCCUGAGCGAGCUGUAUUUCCGGACCGUCGACACCGACUGGAGUUACGACGGGCAAGACGAGGCCGCGUAUCGCAAGGCGGAGACGCUGCUGAAAGCCGGGUGCACGUUCAGCGACUUUGGCACCCGGCGCCGACGGACGUUCGAGACACAGCGGAUCGUCGUCGAAGCCCUCAUCCGCGCAUCGCACGACGUCAAUGGAGGCAAACUGCUGGGGACUAGCAAUGUUCAUCUGGCGCGCAAGUACAAUGUUUCUCCCAUCGGCACGAUUGCACACGAGUGGUUCAUGGCUGUAGGGGCACUGAAAGGAUACGAACACGCCAAUGCACUGGGUCUCACUUUGUGGGAAGCGGUGUACCCGAAGGACCUGCUCUUGGCUUUGACGGACACCUUCUCGACAGAAGUAUUCUUCAAGGACUUCCUUUGCAACCCUGACCAAGCUAGAAGAUGGAAAGGACUGCGGCAAGACUCCGGCGACCCUUUCAAAUAUGCUCCUCGCGCAAAGGAGGUGUACGAGCAACUCGGGAUCAACUAUCAUGAGAAAAUAAUAAUUUUCUCUGAUGCCUUGAAUGUAGACAAGGCUAUCAAGCUCAAGGAGCAGUGUGAUGACAUUGGCUUUGCAUCAUCAUUUGGCAUUGGUACAUCCCUGACCAAUGACUUCGAAUCUCUUUCCCAAGCAGCACACAGCAAGGCAUUGAACAUGGUAAUCAAACUGGCAUCAGUAAAUGAUCUUCAAUGUAUCAAAAUUAGUGAUGAGUUAACCAAGAACACAGGUGACCCCAAUACCAUUAAAUUGGUUAAACAUAUUCUUAGUCUGCCAUAA